UCGUUUCACGUGCCAUCUCUUAAAUUAUCUUUCAGAUUAUGUCAUAACUACAGGAUAAACGAGCAGUGAUGGAAUCACUGGAUACCGAGGUGAAAGCACGGAAGACUCUGGGGACUGUUGAGUAUGUGGAGUCUUCAGGCUUCACCCAGGGAAUACUGCCGACAAAGAAGGAUGUGGUGCAGAACAUGCUGUAUCUGCUGCAGCCCAAAAGAGCUGGCCAGGCCCAGCGCUCCAAAGAGGAUGCAGCCCACUUGCUUGCUGAGCACCUGCAAGAGCACUGGUUGGUUUGCAACUUGCACACCAUCGGAACACAAAAUAUAAAGAAACUUAUCCUCAAAAUGUACGAGGAAUUUACCCGAUUGUAUCAGACCCGAAAGCAGAGGCAGAACCAGGCUUUUACAGAGAGAGCAGACAAAUUCAACGAGAGUUCGGAGAAGCUCUUUGACAUAUUUUGUACAGACACGCAGACAAGAAAUAAACUGGAGGAAUACAGUGGAAUAAAAAUGACUGGCAUCGAAUGGAAAUUUCUUGAAGAUCAAAGAAGUGAAAGGAAGAUGUACUAUGAAGAUUUCACAGACAAGCAGGAACUGAAGAUGAUGGAAAGAAGGCAAAAGAUACAAUGUCUGGAGCACUUCAGGAAGCUCGCCAGGGAGGAGAAGGAAGGAAACAAAUCAAAGGAAAUGACAUAUAAAAGUGAUGAGCAAUCGGAUGAAGGCACAAGCGUGGAUGAAUCCUAUCUAGCCGAGGAAGAGAACGGAGGGGCUCCUGCCUUUUCGCUGAGGGGCAGAAGAAAGCGCCGCUGCACUGCCUGGUCGACCGGUGCCACGACUCCUGCCAGCGAUGCCAUGCCCCUGGAGUGCCAGCAUAUACGGAUGAGCAUCAGGAGAGUUAGGCCUGGGUUCUACGAGACUGUGGACAAGGUCGAAAACUGCUAGUGUAUGCUGUGGUCAGCAAGCAGAGCUGCUGGAGUACAAGGUGGCAGUACACACGUUAGGCAAGUUUGAAAUCCCACAAUCAAAGCGAGUGUCGCAGAUCCCCAGCCAGAGCUCAGGAACAUCCUGCCUCCGGGGAAGGGUGCUGGGACGACAACAACAGUGACAAGGACUAAACCACGUGGACUUGGAAGGAUAAGUAGUCGGCGACUAAUGACACGAAGAUUCAAACGUAGCAGAUGAUGUAAGGUUAUGUAGCACAUGAGCCUCUUCCAAGGUCCUGUCUACAUCGGUGGGUUUUUGGAAGUCUCUCACCAUUUCUGAGCCAGUGGUGGCCUAACAGGACUGAUUUACUGCAGGGAAAUAACUUGGACUUGUUGCUAAUACAAAAUGAAUGUGCUGAAGAGCCCUUGCUCCUGCCGGUUUCGGUGGGAAGGAGAGGUCUUCAGCCCCUUUCAGUAGAAUUUGGUGUUUAUGUGAGGAAGGAAGCUAGUUUCCACGUUGCGUUACCCGGUCCUAGAGAGGCGUCCUGUCAUGUCGUGGAGGGAUUGCUCUUCUGCUUGGGGAGGGAGAGAGGGAUCAGGAGACAUUUAAGUGCUUUGGCUGUAAAAGUAGUGGUGGUUCUGGAUACUUUAUUCUGGACUCUAUUUUAACGAUGUUUCCUUGAUCAGGAUAAACCUUCCUGUAGCUGGAUGAGUUUUAAUACAAAGUCCCUAAUGUAGCCACUGAGGUAUGAAUCCUAAACGAAUUGGCAUAGUCUUAUCUUCCCAGGGAGGGGGAGUGGUGUGAAGAUAGAGGGAAGGAUGCAAAUUGCAUCAUUCAGUUUAAAGUGGGAAGAGUUUUAGAAGCCGUUACGUUAUCCUGUUGUCUUAGGAUAUAGGGAAGAAAAAAACUUUCCUGUGUGUAGCUGUGGGAUUUGCAGCAAAAGGCAUCGAAGUCUGGGCUUGCUUUUCCUCCCCCUGUAGGUACGUGCAGACCAGUGGGGUGGAAGUGGUACUUUUCCACCAAGAGCUUGUGUGAAAAAGGUAUAAUCCUCUUGCCCACACAUAUCCUCAACAGUGACAUGUCUGUGAUUUUAGAUACAUGCAGUACAAGGGUAUCUGCCGUUCUUAGUUAGGGUUGCUUUACUGGUUUUUAAAGAUGAGAGAGUUGAACUUUGUACAGGAACCCAGCGCUGGAGAUCUCCCUGGUGAGAUUCGCAGAGCUUGCCAGAUGACAUUUAACAACACAAAGUGAAGUCUCGGUUUGUCCACAGAAAUACUCCGGUAGAAAGAGCUCAAACUUGCCUGGUUUUCAAAUUUACCUUUCAGUGUGAACGUUGAUUUCCCCACUCCAGCAUCUCAGCUUUUCCCCGUUUCUUUCCUAGAUGUCCUGCAUAUCAUUUUACUGACAUUAACUCGUGCUGUUUCAUUCUUUAGCUUUUGCUUCCUUUAACAAUAAAUGCAUGUACAAAUAAUUUUGACAGCUCCUGUUACUUUGAUGAAUCAGUUCUUGGACUGCUUUGAAGUCCUAUGCCAAAGGAGGAAUGAAACGCCAGUUAGCCGCUGUUCCAAUUCAGAUGCAGCAGAGCCAGGCAAAGCCCAGGCAGCAGCAGCAGCAGCCCUGGCCGUGCUGCGCAGUCAGGCUGCAGCGUAUAUCCGCUGUCCCUCUGAGGACGGAUCUGUCCGGCUCUGAGUGAUACGUCGGCUUCCCAGUGAACUUGUUCUUUAUUAAUUGCCAGGAUCCUUAUUCUGUGUCUCUGAGAAGUUCCUCUUGGUAAGUGGCUCCAGAAUAUCCAGUGAGCGCAGUGCAUUCCACGUCACUGCUAGUGUCGUUACAGGUUUAUUUGCACGAGCCCGCGUUCUGCAACACCCUUCAGCCUCCUCUGCUUGAGAGAUCGCAGCCCUCUCUCUCCUCUCUGACGUGCUUCACUGACUUCCCCAUGCAAAUGAUGUCACGUUUAAACUAUUUGCCUUCCAGCCCUGAGGUGCUGGACUCUAGCCUCUCACUGGGCUUUUACACCAGCAGCUCUGUUUCAGCAGGGAAUAUAGCCAAGCUCGGACCUCGCAGAAAUAGAUGUUUUUGUAAUAACUGCUGUAAAACUCCCUUUGUAUUAAAAAUAUAGAUGAAGUAUAAGUGCUAGCGUCUAAAGUAAAUCCGACAGGGUUGAAUUGAGUAUGGAACACAGCUGUAUAGCGCUUUAUGAUUUUCAGGGAUUCAGGGAAUUUAAGGUUGUCGAAUCUGACUUCCUGUAUACCACAGGGAAUUACAUUUCAUUCAGAAGCCCCAUACUCAGCCUACUGGUUUCAGUUUAACUGAUGUGUCUUGCAGAAAGUUGAGCUGAAGGCGUCAGAAGCCUGCUGUCUUCCUCAGUUACAUACUUAAUCAUUUGCUGUUUAAUAAUUACGACCAUCCUAUAGGCUGUGAUUCUUUUCAUGACAUCGUGUACAGGCUGAGCAGUGUUUAUUGCAUUUAAUUCAUGUUUGUUUUUUAACUGGGUUUGACUGUGGAAAGAGCCAAAGCCUGGCUCUGUUUCUGCUGCAACAGGGGGAAGAUUUCUAUAAAGAUGUAUUCUGAUUACUCUUCUUUGGGACCAUGGUGCCUUUUUAAUCAGGACAGUAAAUCUUGUCCCAGAUUCUGUACUUUUGUACGUUAACAGUUGUUGACUUUCCUUUUUUGGUGUGUCCCAAAUAAAUUAAUAUAACAUA